GUUUCGUAUUUGUCAACGAAGUUAGACGGGAAAGUGGCAUCGAGCUCUUUACCAAGAUAAAAUUAUUAAAGUUUAGUUUUUGUUUUAUAGUAAAGUAAAUUAUUUAAUAUUGAAUACAAAUAAAGAGGAUUAAACUGUAAUUAGUACAUUGAAUAAAGUGUUUAUAGAAAGCAGCUAUUGAAAACAGUGGAAAAUUUCAUUUAGGGUUUCUGUGUAUGUGUGAUUUCACAUUAUUGCAAAACAAAAGCAGUUUAAAUAGUAUUUUUUGACAAAAAUAGUCAUAUAAAAUGUCGGAAAUAAAAAAAAUUAAUGAAGCGAAAGAAGAUAACACCAAUGUAAAAGAUAUUGGUCGUAAUGAAGAUGUAAUUGGUGAUGAUGCAAACAGUAGCGUUUCUGAAAAUUUACUGAAACCGCCGGAAUACUUAUCUCCAACCAUGGAGAAAAAAACACCAGUUAAACGUACUCCUUCAAAGCGUAGGUCUUUCGUAGAACGUGCUCAAAAAGAAAGUGAAGAGUUAGUACGUAACAUGGGUGGGUCAUUAGAGUUAGAAGGAGGUCGUCGUACACGUUCUAGUUCACGCGGUACUCCCACUCAUAUAACACCACCACCAAUUAAAAAAGCAAAGGUUUCACCAGCUACUCCAAAAACACCAGGACGAGGACGUGGUCGAAAACUGAAUGUAUCUACUAAUUCUGCAGAAGAAGAGGAGAAUAUAGAGAAGAAUAAAAAAAAACCUAAAGAUGAUGCAGAAAAAAAUGUUGAAAAAGAAGAAAAUAUUGUAGAUUUAGAUGAAACUGAAGCUGUAAAAGUUGAUAAAGAUAUAAAAACAACCGUUGCUGAUGAACCUAUAGAUGAGCCAAUUGAAGAGUGUACGAUUGAUGCAGUUGACUCUAAGAAUUCACAAGAAAAAAAUGAUAAUAACCACAUCCCCGUUAACGCAAAUCAGCGAAAGGAAACAAUUGCAGCGGAAAUACCUAUGGAAGUAGAUGAAUCUAGCAUUCUAAUAUCUGAAGAGGUAUCUGUUGCUGAAAUCAAAAGUACAAAAUCAGAGGUAGAAUCAACUGUAUUAGAAAAGAAGAUCGUAGUUUCCGUAGAGUCUGACGAAAAAUUGGAACAACCUAUAUUAGAAUCAGCUGAUGUGCUGGUAAAGGAAACAAAUCCAGUUCCAGUUUCAGUUGUAGAAAAAGAACAUACGCCUGAACCGUCAGGUGCGAAGGAAAAGGAACCCUCGCCGGAACCAAUAGUAACUGAAAAGGAGUCUAUUGCAGAUGCCAUCGAUGAAGUAGUAGAAACAGAAUCAUCACCGAAACCAGUUGCUGAAUUAGUAACAAAACAACCGACACCUGAACCUAUGGAUACCGACGCUGAACCAAUGGAAACGGAUGACCAACAAACAUCUAAGCUCGAGCAAUUGACCAAUAUCGAGCGAGAGCUGGAGUCAAGCGAUCACACAAAUACUGAAUCAAUUACAGAAGAAGCUGAAGUAAAUGCUGUAUCUGUUGAAAGUAUGAAUAUUCAAGGAGCAGCUGAAGAGAGUGCAGAUACGGUUUCUGAGGAAGAGUGUACACCAGUUAUAACUGAAGAGAGCUCAACAGCUGUAACUGCAGAAAGUUUAAAAGCUGUUAAUGAACAAAAACUACCUUACGUUACUGAAGAGAGUACAUCAAGUGCAGCUGAGGAAAGCGCUUCUAAAACUAUUACAUCAGUUGUGAUAGAAGAUGUUACUGAAGUCGAGGAGAACAACGGAUGUCAAGUGGUUGCCCCUGACACAACUACAAAAACUGUACCUGCAGAAGUAACAUUAGCACAAACAAAAGCGCAAGUGACAGUUGAAAAUGAUGUUAGUAUGGAACCUGCAGAAAACACUAAAUCGGCUAUCAUAACUGAAGAAGGAGAAGAAGCAGUGCUUAUAAAUAAUGAUAAGUCAGAUAAUGCCGAUUGUAAUAAAUCUGCACAAAUUGCUACCCAAGAUAACUGUGAACCGAAGGUUGUAUCCCAAACUAUAAUUGAGGGUAAUGAUGAAGUGGCAUCAACGCCGCAAUUAUGCAAUUAGAAUCAGUCAAACAUAUACUUCAAUAUAUGUCCAAAACGUUCCCGCCUACAAAAUAUAUAUACACAAUUUUACAAUUGAUCUUGCAAAAUUUUAAAGAAUUAAAGAAUCAGUUAUCAGUUAUCAGUUAUGAUACAUAUGACAUUUUCACUUGUAAUUGAAUCAGUUUCUAAGAAAAAAUAAUUAUUUAAAUGUAUUUUAAACAUUAAUUCGAUAUUGUUAUACAAUAAAAGAUGAAUGUGUAAUUAAUAAAUGGAACAUAAUAUUGAAAGCAUAAAGAAA